AAUAAACCACCGAAGAAGAAGAAGACGCCGAAGAAGAAAACACGUGUUUUGAUCGAUACAGGUUAGAGUUCGGUUAACUGCAGCAUGGGGAAAGUUUCGGUGAAAAAGAGGACUAUGAAGGGUCGGAAGAAGGGUCCAUGUAUUCCGAAAGAAAGUACAGACAAGGAUGUGCCUAAUGCCGGUGAAGCGAACACGGACGGUGAGGAGGAAGGCAGCGAUGACGAACGAAGACGCCAAAAGCUGCUGGAAUCUAUCAGCUCUUUGGGCAGCAAGAAGAAGAAAAAACUGUUUGAGCGAUCCGAGGCGAGCGCCCAAAUGUCCGAGUUUACGGUCAUCGCGGAGGGAGAGGGCGUCAAAGUUAAUAUGUCGGAUUUGAUCAAGUCAUUAGACCAAGUCCCCAAUGUCUCAGUGAAGGCCAAAAAGCAGCUGAAGAACCUACAGCAAAGCAGGAAAGCCAUUACUUGUCCUCUGAGCAAGGAGGAAAGUGAGAGGAUCCAGAGGGAUGUGGCGUUCCAGAAAGCUGCAACAGAGGUCAGCAACUGGCAAAGUCUGAUCCAACAGAACCAAAGAUCAGAGCAGCUCAUCUUUCCUCUGAAUCAAGAACCCUUCGGCCCUAAACCCCUGGAGACCUUAGCCGCAGGCUGGAAGGCCCAAACUCCACUUGAGCAGGAGGUAUUUUCUCUCCUGUCUGCCAACAAGCAACCCAUCAACGAUCCCCGUUUGACCCGAUCUGAGGAGGCUUCAAUGACUGCGACGACUCUGUUGGAAGCCAAGAUGCGGCGCGCUGAGCUGCAAAAGACCAGGGUCCUGCAAUCCUACUAUGAGGCCAAAGCUCGUCGAGAGAAAAAGAUCAAGAGCAAGAAAUAUCACAAAGUUGUCAACAAAGCAAAGCGCAAAGAUUUCAUGAAGAGCUUUGAGGAGCUUGUGAAAAAAGACCCAGCUUCUGCUUUGGAGCAAAUGGACAAAAUGGAGCUUGCCAGGAUGCAGGAAAGGAUGUCGUUAAAGCAUCAAAACAGUGGCAAGUGGGCCAUGUCGAAGGCCAUCAUGGGGAAAUACGACAAGGAAGCCCGUAAAGCCAUGCAGCAGCAGCUGGAAAUCAACAAAGAUUUGACUCAAAAACGAGUGCCGUCUUUGAAUGACGAAGAAGAGAAAGCAGAAGACACCGAAAUUGUGCCAGAUUUUGUAAACGAGGCAGUGCAAGGAGCAGAUCCUUCAAAUCCCUGGAUGAGAGGAAAGCUCUAUGAAGAUCCUGCAGAUAAAGAGAUGCACGAUGUCCAAGCAGAGAUUGCAACUGCCGUCAAUGCAGAGGAAGAAGAGGAAAACGAAGUGGUGGAAACCGAAGAAGAAUCACUGCUUCGAGAAUUUGAUACGCGGCGAAAGAUACGGCGGGCUGGUGAAGAUGUUCAGGUUGGAUUUGGGGAUGCGGCUGGAGAAGCAGGUGCUCUUGAGCAAGAGGAUGCGCAGCGGUUAGAGUUCACUCAACUCUACAAGGAAAAAGUGCGUGUUUGUCAGGAGGCUGAAGUCAAUGGCAACCAGACGGACACGUCUGCUCAGCUUCAGGAAGGACUUCUGCGUAUCCAGACAUUGGAGGACAUAGACCUUCUCGGUGAAGUGGAUUUAGUUGCUGAUAAAGCACCUGAUGAGCCUCAGAAGUCCUUGGAAGGACCUGACCAGCUUCCUGACACGAACAAAGCACAGAAAACCCGGAAACGGAAAAAGGGGAUCCAAUUGAAAGAAGUUAUGACGAAAGACACGCAUGUCGUUCAGAUACCCCUCGCUCCAACUGCCACAUCCACUGAAGACUCAGAAGAAACAUGUGGUCAGAUGGGGCUCAUUAAAGAGGCUUUUGCUGGAGAUGAUGUCAUCUCAGAUUUCCUCAAGGCGAAGAAGAAGCAGGAGGAUGAGGGAAAGCCAAAGGUGGUGAGUUUGGCGCUGCCUGGAUGGGGGGAAUGGGGUGGAGAGGACCUGAAAGUGUCCCGCAGAAAGCGCAAGAAAUUCACAAUUAAAACCAAGCCGCCCCCUCCCAGGAAAGAUCGCAACCACCUUAAUGUCAUCAUCUCCGAGAAGAGAAACAGCGCCAUCAGCCUUCACCAGGUGAAUUCCCAGCCGUUUCCUUUCAAUAGUCUUGCUCAGUUUGAAAGCACCCUGUGCACUCCCGUGGGCCGCACGUGGAACACCGAGCAGACUGUCAAGAAGCUCACCAAGCCCAAGGUCAUCACCCGCCUCGGCUCCUUUAUUGAGCCCAUGGCGAAGGAGCAGUUGAUGAAAGUCAAAAGGAGAAGCCGGAACUAUGUCAUGAAAAAGUAACAGCUAGUGUGAUGAUAGUACAGGUACAUACAACAAAUGUACAGCAGCAGGAUAUUGUAAUACCAUAAGAUAUAAUCAUCCUGAAGAUGUGCUUUGUUUGUGUGUGUGUGUGCACUAGCGCAACUGAUUUAGAAUGUUUGAAUUUUUACUUCAUAUCAUUCAUCAUGAACAUACUUUGUAUGUUUAAAUAACUCCUUUCCUAGUGCAGGAAACACAUGUUUUGCCACACCAGUGUGUUUAUUUUUUAAAAGGACGAAUCCUCUAAAUUGUAGUACAAAGCAAUUACACAUAUAAAGAUACUGUGCUGUGGCAUACUGAAUAAAUCUUACAACAGUUGCAUUCUGAUUUGCAUGAUUUUUUAAUUUUAUACCGUUUGUGUUCUGUAUUUUUAAUUCACUUUUUGACCAGUGGGUGGCGGUCUUGAACCAAUAAUGUGUUUGCUACAAAGGACUGCAAAAGAGUGUGGAAAGCUUUGGAUACGAAGUUAAAUAUAGGAACCCCAAUCAGAAUCCGUGAUGAUUUUUCACCUUAACACGCACAGAAUGUAUGAACAAUAUUUGAAAU